UUUGCCACUCCUAGCUGCCUAGUGCACGGUCACUGUAAGCAGGGGUAGUCCAUCGAGCCGGCGCCGCCACUGCCCCACUGUCCUUCCUUGCGCCGGCAACAAUGCUGCUGCUCCUCGCCCUCCUCCUCGCCGUCGCGGCGCCGACUGCGCUUGCCGGCGGCGAGAGGACCCCGACGCUGGUGUUCAUCCUGGCGGGGCAGUCCAACAUGGGCGGCCGGGGCGGCGCCACGGUGGGCGGCCGCUGGGACGGGCGCGUGCCGCCCGAGUGCGCCUCGUCCCCGCGCACGCUCCGCCUCUCCCCUGGCCUCCAGUGGGAGGAGGCCCGCGAGCCGCUCCACGCCGGCAUCGACGUCGGCAACGUGCUCGGCGUCGGCCCCGGCAUGUCCUUCGCGCACGCCGUCCUCCGCUCCCACAGGGUACCGAGAGGCACCGUCGUGGGGCUGGUGCCGUGCGCGCAGGGCGGCACGCCCAUCGCCAGCUGGUCCCGCGGCACGGACCUCUACGACCGCAUGGUCGCCCGCGCCAGGGCCGCCGUCGCCCACGGGAAGCCUAAGCUCGCCGCCAUCCUGUGGUUCCAGGGCGAGACGGACACCAUCCGGCGCGAGGACGCGCUGGCGUACGCCGGGCGCAUGGAGGCCAUGGUCCGCGACGUCCGGCAGGACCUCGCCAUGCCCAACCUACUCUUCAUCCAGGUUGGGCUCGCGACGGGGCAGGGGAGGUUCGUGGAUCUGGUGCGCAAGGCGCAGACGGCGGUGAGGGCGCCCAACCUGAGGUACGUCGACGCCAAGGGGCUCACCGUCGCCAACGACAACACCCAUCUCACCACCCAAGCGGAGGUCCGCCUCGGCGCCAUGCUCGCCGACGCCUACCUCGCCACGCUCCACUAAUUCACUUCCGGCGUGAUUGGUUCAUUGAUGAUUGGUAGCUCGCUCGUGUGGAUUUUUGCGUGUUUUUAGAUUUGGCUCGGCAGAUGCUGCAUGAGUGAAACCCGAAACUUGGACAAGUUUUUUGCAUUUCCUUUGGUUGCUAAAAAUAUUCUGAUGCAGCUUCGGCCCA